GGCUUUUCCGCUGCCUGCCUGGCAUUACAUUUCUACAGCUUCGACGACCGUGACAUACUGACCUCAUUCGUGGCGACGGGCACAUUUUCAGGAUACAUAAUUGUUGUUGUGGGUAUUUUUGCAGGUGUCCUAAUGCGUGCGCCCAUUCACAGACGCAUCGACAUAUUCUACAGUGUGCUAGGCUGUGGCCUCUUCAUCGCCUCGGGUGUGUUCAUAAUCGAGGCUUGGGAAUUCUCAUUUCGUACACGUACACGCGAUUUGGCGCUUAUUAAGGCCUCACUAGCCAUUGUCAAUGGCGUUCUGUUUGGUUUCGAUGCGAUAUUUACCUUUCGUGACAAAUAAGAGCGAAACACUGGAAGAAGAGGGGUAUGAAGAUAAUGAGGAGUUUCCGGAAUUGCCAGAAUUUUACAGAGUUUUUUAAAAUAUAAAAAUUGCAUUUUUGUAUUAUUAUUUUGUUUUUAUUUUAGCUCAUUAAUUUUA